AUGAAUGGAGCCCUAUGGAGACCUCCCAGUCAGCUGAACAGUGCAGCUCCUGAUGAACCUGUCGCUCCCCACCAACCUAUGGCUUACCACCAACCGGACACACUAUUCCUGCAUGGCAAGAUUCUACCACACACCAGCGCAUUUGGUGUCUUGGUCUCAGACACCUACCAACACUUCCUAGCCUGCCACCCAACAAUGAAUCAUUUGGCCAAGAUGACUUUAUAUGCCUUGGUUACCAAUCCAAGCAUGGAGGACAUCAAUGAAUGCAUCGAAGAGAUCAAGAGUUACCUUCACUCACACUUCCCCGCUAUACAAGUAGUGACGCUAGAAGACUCUUAUGGUGAAACUCCUAUGCCUGAAACCUUCCCUGGAUAUAACCAGGGUCCUUUCCUGAGUCUCUCUUCAGCUGAAAGGCAGACAUGGCGACUGCAGUUUUCCCUUCACAGCGAUGUUUAUGACUUGUAUACUGGGGCAAGUACUCCUCGGGCUAAACAGACUCUAGCCUUUUUUCUUUAUCUGGUGAUCAUACACGAGUUGACUCAUGUUGUCAUGCUCGUGUUCUCAUCUGAAUCCACACCUACAAAGUUCUAUGGGAGUAGGCCUUUGUACUCACUCAAUGGCCUUGGGCUUAAUGCCAGGGGCCAGCAAGUUGAGCGUGGAGAGUCAGGUGCAAGCAUGGAGCAGCACAUGGCUGACUGUGAUCCCAACUCUGUGGAUGUUGGUAUUGUGGGUUCUACUUCCUUUCAGAUGCUAGCAAAUUCUCCAUUCUUGUCCAACAUAGCCUCUGGGCAGUGGGACUUGAUCUUGCAACUGCCCAUGCAAUCCAUUCCAGAUCAUAUGUCAGUUUUACGCCAGAAGAUCAGCGGCAGUCAGAUACGCAGGAACCGCACCCCAUCAUCUCCAAGUCUUUCUACACCUGCCACAACACCUGUGAACCGUCUUGGGAUGCUGCUCAUCAAUCCAGAUAUGUUUCCACCUUCUGGGGCUUGGCUUCAGCUCUCCGGAGAAAGUCCAGUGAAGUCCGAAGGACUUCCGGAGAAGCGUGGGAAACUUCGGAAGGACUUUCCGGAUGAGUGUGAGAAACUUCCGGAUGAGUGCGGGAAAGUUCCGGAGGAACUUCCGGAAAUUACGAUGGAGUUUCGUCCUGACGGGGAUAUGUGUAAUGGCUACUCAGGACAAGUCCUGAGUAGAAGGAAACAGAGGAAAGGCUGCAAGGACAAAGUCCGAAGCAGAAUAGGUCCGGAGGACCGCGGGAAAGUUCCGGAGGAACUUCCGGAAACUCGGAGGAAUGGAGGAUCGGAUGAGUGGAUGAGCGGAGGAGCGGAGGAGCGGAGGAGCGGAGGAGUGGAGGAGCGGAGCUCCGGCCUAGGGAAUUCCUCCCUAGGCCUGAGAUGGAUAAUGACUAAGUCGGAGGACUAGAACUGUUACGAGGACUUAGGGUGAAGGCUAGUGCGAGGA